UAGUUGGCUAUUGAAGAGAAAACACUGUAAUAGUAGUUGAGUACAGACGGAAAAUACAUAAUGGAUAAAAAGACACUUUAAGAAAUGAGCUAGUUCUGUUAGGUAGUGAGGAUGCUGCAAUGGAAGAGUAAGAAGCAGGAGAGUAAGAAAGAAUGUAGAAUUGGGUUUGAGUAAGUGGAAGAAGGUGUGAGGAUGGUAAAGGAGGGAAAGUAUGGGUGGAUGUGUGGACUGGAGGGGAAGGAGAAGGAAAGAAGGAAAUGGAAAAAAGGAGGGAAGGAUAAUAGGGAAGAGGAGUGUGUAUAUGUAUGGAAGUAAAACAGGAUGAUAAUAAUAAUAAUAAUUUUAUUUAUACCCCGCCUUUCCAUAGGUAUGAUCAAGGCGGCUUACAGAGGAUUAAAACAGUAAAAUACAAAGUUAAAAACAUUACAGUAAAAGAUUAAAAGCAUCACUACAUGGGAAUAAACAACAAAGGAUAAGAGAAUAUUGGAAACUAAAUGGGGAUAUUAACAAGAGUAUAAAAUUCAUUUUGGCCAGCAAAACCUUAAAACUUUGGAGAGGGAAAAAGGUCUAAAUUUUUUGUUGUCUAAAAGAUGUGCAAUGGAAUGGUAGCAACAAAGAGCACCACAACAUCGCUGCUUACCUUGAUCAGUCAUGGGAUUUUUUUCCCACUGGUUAUCUUCAGCACAUGUAUGGUGGAAGGACUGGAUUCAUCAGUCUGUCCACAGCCACCCGAGCCAGAGAAUGGAGGCUACAGAUGCCAUCCAGCACCCUGCAAAGACCCAUUGACGUCCGACAGUGUCAUAGAAUAUAUAUGUGAGGAAGGCUACUUACUGAAGGGAGACUACAAAUAUUUGACCUGCAAGAAUGGAAAGUGGAAUCCAGACAUGGAGGUUACCUGUAGGCUCAGCCAAGAUAAAGGUUCUCCUCCAAGUGUAGGAGUGCCUACACUAUCCAUCGUGGCUUCCACAGCAAGUUCAGUAGCUCUCGUACUUCUCUUAGUUGUUCUGUUUGUUUUGCUACAGCCAAAGCUGAAGUCUUUUCAUCACAGCAGGCGUGAUCAAGGUGUUUCUGGGGACCAGGUUUCCAUCAUGGUGGAUGGAGUUCAGGUGGCUUUGCCGUCAUAUGAAGAAGCUGUCUAUGGUAGUGCUGGGAACUGCAUACCUCCCUCAGAUUCACGGGUACAGAUUGUUCUUUCGGAAGGAGCUGAACAAAGUGGAGCAAGGGAGAUGCAACAGCCACCACCAGACGGUGGGGGUCACAACUGCUUUGUUGGGGAAGAUGAAGUCCCUGGACACUCAGGACUAUGUGAAGCUGGUAGCUCUCACCACUCAGAGGCUGUCCUAGUGCAUCAAGCUACUACCUCCUCCUGGGUGGCUGGUGCAUCUAGUAGUAGACCUGGGCACAAGGAGGCUCCAGAUUCAGAGAGCAGUGAUGUACAAAGCCUUCUGUCACUCACUUCCUCAGAGGAGUAUACUGAUGAUAUUCCAUUGUUGAAAGAAGCAUGAGGCUUGCUGCAUUUGCCUAGCCUUUGAUCCAUUUUCCUCUUCUCGGGAUGGUGAGCACUCCGUGCAGGCUUUCUCCACCCUCAUGUGCUGUGCCCUGAAUACCUCCAAGCAAAACACCCCUUAGCUGAAGACCCAAAGGAUGCUGCCAGAAUGCCUCUUUGAAGCAUCAGUGGGGUGUACAGGGUGCAAGCCAUCCCCCCCCCCCCAACCUUGCAUUCUUUCUGCAUUAAGAGGGGGCUUCAGUAAUAGUAAUGGACUUGAGCUCCUCCUACCUCUCCCUUUCCCCAACCAGAUAUCUGAAUGCGGUCUCCAGAGAGCUGCUAUUUACUUGUGCCUUGCUCCUUCUCACACUGGCUUGUUGCAGCUUCUCAUGGGCCUUACUGUUUUCUGGACUUCUGCUCAGAAAGCAGGGCCAAAAGAACUUGCUUUGUUGGGUGCAGAUAGUUUCCUUCCAUUUGUUCAAUAUCUUAUGAGGGCAAGACAGAACUCCUCUGGAUGGGUGACUGAGAGCAAAGGAAUCUAGCAAGAGUCGCACACAUGUACCGCACCCCUUGAGGGUUUUCAGAAUCAUAUACAACAUAGCUGCACAUGUACACAUUAGGCAGUUCUGACAAUGUGAAAGGCCAUCACAACUGACCAGUUUCAUAACAAAAACAAAAUUUAAUUGUAAGCUUAGAAUGCUACUUGCUUUUUGUUUGUUUGUUUGUUUGUUUGUUUCCCAAAGAGGAAAAUGGUUGGGAUAAUGUGUCUGUACCACUGCACGUUUCCACUUCCAAAAAACCUGAACAAACCUUAUCCCUCUUCCCUUUGCUCCUUUAUUCAUCUUAAAAAGGGUGGAAAUUAUGUGGUCCUCCAGACGUUGGUCUGUAACUCUUAGCUACCUUAACCAGCAUGAUGAAGAGUGCUGGGGUUGCAGUUGAGCAAUUACCUGGAAGGGUACAUGAUUCCCAGCCCAACAUACACUUUCCCCUCUGAUUUUGAUGUAGGAGCAGUCUAGGACUGUCUGAUUCAAAGAGCUUUGGGUAAUUCUAUUGUAUUUAGCUGGGUUUGAGAGUACCUGCAUGUCCAAGCCCUUUGGAGAGUGUGUGCUCUUCCUUCUAGAGGAGCCACCUGUCAGCAAUACUAUGGGUGUAUCACACUUGAUCCAAAGCCUUCCACUGUCAGUUUAAGAGUUUGUUCUCUUUGGAAUGACUGUAGAUGGGCAGAGAUUAUUUCACUAAGUGUGCCUCUGCUUGGACCCACCAUGGUGAGAGAGUGAUUUUUGGCAUUGCUACUUAUAGAGGCAGUGCCAGGUUGUUUAGUACUCAGUCUGUUAUGUCUUCCUUGUUCUGUCAGAAACUAGUCAUUGUGAACUCACCUUCAUUAACUAGUAGGUUUUUUUGUUUGUUUUUGUAAAUGGCAUGUCCAGUUUGCCUUGAAAGCAUUACAGUCAUAGUCUGCCUUAAAUUUCUUGAAUGGAAAGAGCCAUGCUGCUCAUGUGUCCUGAAGGAAGCCCCCCCCCCCCUUUGCAUUGUGUGCUGCUUCCAAUUGGAAACAUCUUACUAUGCAGGGAACAUGUUUGCUUACCUCCACCUAUUUUGAAUAAAUAUGCUUUUGUUCUUCUGUAUCUCUCUCUCUCUCUCUGUGGACAAAGCAUAUCGUUUCUUGAUGGCAGUGUGGGACUGUAAAUUUUUAAGAGUUAUUUCUAGCAAGCCUCCCAAAAUUGCAAAACAAAAACAAACCUUGAUGGCUUUUGCAAAAUAGCAAAAAAGUUGGAGCUUUCCCAGAGUUUCUAUAACAAAAAUAGAGCAAAAUAAUUGCAUGGUCUCAUUCUUCCCCAUUCUUAGGAAUAGUUUGAUCUAAGGAGAUGGUGAGGAGUAUUUGACAUAUCCAGAGAGAGAAAGUCCAUUGGGGGAAAUGAUGCUAAAGGUCAGCAUGGUGCUUACUGCUUCAUAGAGUUCAUUAAUGGGGAUAGGCAGCUGCAUCAAUAUGAGGCCAUCUGCACUUUAUGUUUCUUCCAACUUGAAUACCAGCAGAAUCUGAAUGGGGAGUAGGUGGUACUUCCCCAUUAUUUUUCUUUGUAUGGACAUUGCAUUCUGCACAUAGUUUGGAACAGUUGCUUUGUGGAUAGCAGCUCCCUGAGACCGGCAGCCAACAUGCCUGUGGAGGCUGGGGGAUUCUGGAAGCUGUAGUCUAAAAGAAAAACUUUUCCAAACUUUGAUUCUACACAAGCUCAAGACUAUGCACAUACCAAAUAAGCUUCAAAAGCACACACUUUCAUACUGAAUAUAGAAAUAAGAAUCCAUAAAAUUACAGCUUCUGUUUUAAAAAUAAAAGCAAAGUAUAGUUCAUGAGUGGGAAAAGUGUGACAUGCACAAACCCAUAGCUAUUUUUGCCAUCGUCAAGAACUUCCCACAGCCUAAUUUUGCAAACAUGUGGGUCAUAGGUAUGGGGCAAUGCCUCAGUGCUCUGCAUUACACUUCCUCAUGAUUAGCAGUGGCAAAAAAAUUACCCUAAGCCAAAAGAAGCGGUUUCCUUCCUUGUAUUAAUUUGUUGAGAUCACAGAAAUUUGGAUUGCUUGAUAUUGAUCACUCAUAUUACAUUGCCCUGACCUUGGCAAAGCUUGGCACACACUUUGAGAGCCCUAGUUUAGAGCAGAUACUUGUUUAGUUCAGCGGACAAUAUAGUGUAAUAGUUCACUAUACACCUUACUCCUGUGUGAUAUGUAUGUGUGCACACAUCUGAUAAAUAUGGGCCUCAUUACAAGAGGGGGCAGAUUACACCAGCACUUAGGGAACAUGUGCAUGAAGAAAGAGUUAGCUCUGACCAUUUCUACUACCUUGGGACACAGUGAUAAUGGUAGUGUUAAAAGUUUUUGACAAAAUGGAAGUGUACCAAAAUUCUGUGUGCCCCUAACCCAAAAGAAGAUAUAGAUCUUUUAUUAUUGUUUAGAUAAAGUAACUGGAUGGACCAAUAAUACCUCUUUUAAUGUCCAUUUCUUAUUCACCUGUGAACAUUUCAUAAAUUUUUGUUGUUGACAAUAUCCUUGAGAUAAUCUGGUGGCUGCCUCUGUAGCACUAUUUGAAUAAUCUAAGAGGAAUCAUUCAGUUGGAAAGCCCACUGGCCCAACAAUGUGUGAUGCUGACGUGCCUAAUUAUUUCAGUUACUACUUCCAGACUUGUACACAGGGAAUCAAAUAUAAUUACAAAGGCACACUUAAACCCUGUUUAAGUUAUGUUUGUUUGAUUUGGGAAACAGGGGCCUUCUUUUGAAUUUGACCUUAUCUUUUAAAUGGUGUAACACAGCACUUGCAAUGAAUGAAUGGUUGCCAUGCCAUGCCAUCCUUGUAGCAGACCCCAUGAAGCUGCCUUAAACUUAGACUGCUACCUUCCUAGCUCAGUAAUAUUUAGUCAGACUGGCUGAGCCCUUUCCAAUCUUUGAGAAACAUACACACAUACAGAGAGAAUGAGAGAGGAAUGAGUGAAGAUGUCUGGUGUUUAUCAUGGGAUCCCUGCAUAUUCCCCCCCCCCAAAUUAAUGGAUGCAGGUGAUCAUUUACUUACUGGUUAGGUGCACACACUGGUAAGCUAUCACUUGGCAAAGAGUGCUGUUUGCACCUCCUUUUCCUGAAAUUGGUCUUACUGGUUUAUAUUAGAAAUACAAUAACAAAUCACAUAAUGAAGCAAAACAUAAAAAUCGGUAUGACCUCAAGAACAAAUGUGAGCUAGGGGGAAUGGCCAGCAAAUUCUUCACAGGAUUCACCCUAACACAGAAUGUUGUGCAUCUCAUUUUUACCCUUUCUUUACAACUAAUACAGAAUCAGUGUAUUUUAAAACAGUUGCUGCCACUAACUCCAGAGUAUUUCAGAAGAGAACAAGAAAUAAUCUGUUUGGGACAUGAUGGAGUAAUUACUAAUGACCAGAGGUGCUUUGGCACAUUGCAGGAGGUGUGGGUGUCCCUCUCUUUCAGUUAAAUCUGAAAUUUGAGAGCCCCUGCUAUUCAGAACAACCUGCUUUACCAUAUUCUCUUUUAGUCAAGUCCUUAGCAUUGAUGUUUACUUUCAUGUAAGGUAAGUUAGGAGAGGGUAGAGAGUAAGAAGUCUGUUGAGACAGAUUUGUUUUGGUUUUGCAUUUUAAAAAUUUCACUGUCCUUUUUAUGAUGUGAAUAUAGUAGGGUUCAAAGUACAUCUUUAAAGACUGGAACAAACAUGCAGUACUGUGGACAAAAGAGGAGCUGAACAAUGCUAGAUGUUCAAAGGGCAGACAGCAUGUGUUAAAUAGCCUUCCUUGUAGGAUCAUUUCCCACAACAUAUUUUUCAGACUGGAAAGUUUUGGGAUGAUAUACUACCAUGUCUAGCUUCUCUUUACUUGUAAUAACUAUAUGGCCUAUUUUAAUCCCUGCCCAUCACUCACCACUACUCACUUGAUGAGAGAGAGGUAGGUCUGCUCCCUUAUACAAAAUGUUAUUUGAGAAGCAACUUUUCAAACACUGGAUAUAAGAUAAAGGCUGCCAGAUAGAAAACUUGAAAACAUUUCUUAUACACUCCACUGUUAAUUUUUAUAAUUUUCUUGAUGAGAGAUAUUUUACUUUCAGACACCAGGCACUACAGUGACCAGUUUUUAUGUUAUUACCACCACUG